AUGGUUGAGCAUGAAAACUUACAGAAGGCUCCACCAGAAGACAGGAGAUGCUUCAUCUGCGACCAGGAUGGGGUCUACAAAUGUCAAGAUUGUCUUGGCGAGCCACUCUAUUGCACGGGCUGUUGCAGGAGUCAACAUCGUAGCAAUCCAUUUCACUGGAUCAGUCAAUGGAAUGGACGAUUCUUCGAGCGGAGUUGCCUGGCUCAUGUCGGACUCAUCAUUCACCUUGGCCAUGAUGGCAACCAAUGUCCAGCGCUCGCAGAUAGGUGGAAUUUGUUUGAAGAAGAUGAACCAGAAGACCAGCUUGAGCCUGAAGAUCUGCCAUUUGUGUCUGGACCCGAGUUCCAGCCCAAGGAAAACACCAUGGUCAUCAUCGACAAGUCCGGUGUUCAUUGCCUGGAGGUUCGAUGCUGUGAUUGCCCAAAUGCUACGAGUCCGGACAUUCAAAUGUUUCGACAUGGAUUUUUCCCUGCAUUCUUUAACAGGCCGAAGACCGUGUUCACCUUCAGAGUGCUGGAUGAUUUUCUAUUGGACAACCUUGAAUGUGGCACCUCGGCGAUGAACUAUUACAGCAAGCUCCGGCGAAUGACCUCCAGCAUGUUUCCUCACCUUGUUCCGGACCGAUACCGAGAGCUCAUGAGGGUCGCUCGACAGUGGAGGCAGUUGAAGACAAUGAAAUGGCAUGGCUUUGGCCAUCGUUCUGAAGACCCGAGCACAGGGGAGCUCGCAUUAUUUUGCCCGGCAUGUCCUCAGCCCGGCAUUAAUGUGCUGUUGUCAGGGGAUGAGUCGUUGGAUGACUGGAAAUACACCCGGUCAUUUGUGAUGGAUGGAAAUUUCAAAGCCGAACAUCUGCAUCCCAUAAAGCCAUUCGAUGAAGUUUGGCUAUCAGAUGGGCUGGGAUUCAUGGUGGGAAAGGACAGGUAUAAAAUGCAUCUAGCGGAGGCUGCUGACACGGUGGAGAAAUCGAGCUGCAACAACCACCAGGCGGUCAAUCAAGCUAAUGCUGCUCGACACAAGCUAGAGUCCACCGGGAUCGGGGGGGUUGCAUGUGCCCGACACGGUUGCUUUGUCCCUCACUCCAUGGUUGAUUUUCAGAAAGGCGAAAGACAAAUGAACAUGGACUACGCCCUGUGCGAGGCUUCCCAGCACAACAUGGAAGGAAUCACCAGGGCCGUCACCUUCUAUGAUAUCAACUGUCAGUACAACAAACACUUCCGGGUUCGGGUGGAUCGGAGCCGAUUUCUCGAAAUGUCACCGGGACUGACAAUCAUUCCCGGAAUCGGGUUGUGGCAUGUUCACGGACAUCAGGACAGCUGCUAUGUCCGGUACGCUUCCAACUUUAUCGAGGGCAUCGGCCGGAUCGAUGGAGAGAUCAUGGAGACACUGUGGGCACGUCUCAACCUGAUUUCCCCUGCGGCUCGGGGAAUGUCAUCUCCGCACCAAAAAGAAUGCCUUGAUUAUCAGAUGAACGACUCGAAUUUCUGCAAGAUGAUCUGCAUGAAACGAACUCUUUGCCGUAAAUACAAGCUGGCGAGGAAUGGCAUCGUCGAUAGUGGAAAGGCAUUUGACAGACUGGAUGAAGCAGCACCGGCACAUUUAAAAACGGAGUGGUUAGCCAGGGAGAGGACAGCUCAGUCGAGUAGAUUAGACGAUCCUGCGGCGAUGGAUGAAUAUGAGAUCAAUAUCAAGAAGGCACCGAGCAAAAAGGAGAUCGAGCUUAGAUUAUUAGAGGAGGGCAACGCCCGCAAUGCAGCACCCUCUCGCAGAUCUGUGGCUACAUGGAUAUCCACUGGGUUGGCAAUUGAGGAGGCUCAGAUUGCAUUGCUCAUCGAGGUCCGAAGAAUUGGAAGAAGAUCAACGGAGACACAGAGAUUAGACAUCGCCCAGCAACAAGAUCGUCUCCAAGGACAGAUAGAUGGCUUCACUCAAUCUGCUCUUACGCAUCUCGGGGAGGGGUUUGAUGCAGAUGAUGACCCUGAUGACUUGAAUAUAGACAUUCUCGAUGAUCUCGAUGAUGACCCAGUGGAUUUCACCGAGACAUCUGAUACAUGGGCAAAUUCUCCUGAGCUCACUGUAAUCCCAUUGCCAUCCAACCUUGGGGUUGAUCGAUGCAGACGUUGCAUGGCUGAGGACCUGAUUCCACUGGAGAUGUCGCUUCGUGAAGGACAGGCCAAUGAUGCCCUUCACAAUCUCCGAAUUCAUUUGUGCAACAAGGCCAUCUUGUUCCAAACUACUGUUAGGCAGGCCAAAUCCCAAGCCUUGAAAACUCGAGCUUGGUCCCAGGUGACGUCGGUGCAGCAGGCAGUGUCCCUCCAUGCCAGUAUAUAUACAAAGACCAGGAAGCAAAUGAUCAAACUUGAGCCGGGGCAAGACCAGCUUCAGAAAUACAAACCCCUGCUUCGCGAGCAACUCAAAAUCAGCACUGCGGUGGGCGAUCCGAAUGCCCGAGGUCAACGGAAUGAAUCCCUCGCUUGGUUUUGGUCUGUCGAAGUCGACCUCGGUGGUCCAGAUCAAUCGUGGAAUGAGGAAUUGCAUUGGCUGAGGGCGAAGGCAUUACGGGAUCGAUGGGAGGAAGAAAUGAUAUUGGUCCAAUUGGAAAUGGAUUGGACAUGUAACUUUUUUUUGUGGAAAGCAGCCCAAUGGGGCGACCGGAUGCAGGAAUCAUUGGAGAAACGCCUUCCGGGUCAUGCAUGCUACUCCGGAAGGCAAUCUCAAAUGUAUUCAUUGCUGGGACAGGAUGCGCAGGCAGCAUUUCAAGACCUCCGGAACGUGUUAACAGAGGCUGGGGAUGAAUGA